AUGCUAGUGCAAGCUUAUAACCGAAUGGCUCAUGCCUUCCUUCUCUUCCUCUUAUUCUCUUGCAUUAUAUCUACAAAUAUUCAUGCCUGCAAACAAACUGAACGCAGCUCCCUCCUGUCCUUUGCCUCCACUCUAUCUUCUCCUCCUUUAAAUUGGACAUCCUUUGAUUGCUGUCAUUGGAAGGGCAUCAUUUGCGAUCAAGAUGGUUGGGUCACCCGUUUGCUCUUACCUUCCAAAGGGCUCAAAGGAGGUAUCACUCCCUUUUCACUUGCAAAUCUCACCCAUCUCACCCACUUGAACCUUUCCCACAAUUCACUAUAUGGUUCACUUGAAACUCAGUUCUUCUUGUCUUUGAAUCAACUUGAGAUCCUUGAUUUGAGCUAUAACCGUCUUUUCGGAGAACUCCCACUUUCUCUACCAUCUAUUAAUAUACGGGUAGUUGAUUUGUCCAGCAAUCACUUCUUUGGUGCAAUUCCAUCUUCAUUCUUCCAACAAGCAAGCAAUUUGACUAGUUUCAAUGUCAGCAACAAUACCUUCACAGGUGGCAACCUUGCUCCUGGGCUAGGAAAGUGUUCCAAACUGCAGAUUUUUCGUGCCGGUCACAAUAACCUCUCGGGAUUAUUUCCAAAAGAUAUCUAUAAUGCUACCAAACUUGAAGAAAUUGCAUUACCUCUCAAUUCACUACAUGGAGCCAUUAGUGAUAGAAUUGUCAACCUCACUAACCUUGCAAUCCUUGACCUCUACUUUAAUCAAUUGAAUGGCGAGCUUCCUCACAAUUUGGGGAAGCUCUCCAAGUUGAAAUUGGCGACCCUUGAUUUCAACAAUUUAGAAGGUUCUUUGCCCCAGUCUUUGAUAAAUUGCACAAACCUUGUAGAACUGCAUUUGGCGAACAACAACUUGGAAGGAGAUAUCUCCAUUCUUGAUUUCUCCAGACUGAGUCAACUCACUAAACUUGACGUUAGGAUGAAUAACUUCACUGGUACGGUUCCUGUAAGCCUUUACUCAUGUCGGUCGUUAAAAGCCAUUGGAUUGACUAGAAAUCAUCUAGAGGGACAAAUAGAAGCCGAGAUUCUUUCAUUGAAAUCAUUGUCCUUCCUCAGCCUUGGUCACAACCAAUUCACCAACCUCACAAGGGCAAUGAAGAUAUUAAUGAGUUGCAAAAGUCUUCACGUACUCACGCUUGGUGGUGCCUUUAAAGGUGAGGGAAUGCCAUCUGAUGAUGACAUGGUUGAUUUUGACGGAUUCCAAAAUCUUCGGUUAUUGAGUUUGUAUAAUUCUAACCUCACUGGUCAAAUGCCUGUAUGGUUAUCAAAGCUCAAGAAUCUAGAGAUCUUGCUAUUGGAUUUUAAUCAAAUCACAGGGCCAAUUCCAAGUUGGUUGGGGACUAUGCCUAGAUUGUUUCAUAUCCACUUGUCAGGGAACCAAUUUUCAGGUGAAUUUCCAAAGCAACUUUGUAGAUUACCAAGGUUGGUAUAUGAACCUAAUAUUUCAUCUCAGUUAGACGACACUAGUUAUGAAUUUGAAUUGCCUGUCUUCAGCAGCAGCAGCUUCGGCAUAUUCUCAAAGCAAACUGUUCUACAACAAAAAAUGUCUUCUGUUCCAGCAAUGAUACACUUAUCUAACAAUAACAUUAGUGGUUAUAUACCUGCUGAGAUCGGCCAAUUACAUCUUCUUAGCCGGCUUUUUCUUGACUCCAACACCUUUUCUGGUGUCAUUCCAUACCAAAUAUCUAACCUAAAAAAUUUAGAGAUUUUGGACCUCUCCAUGAAUCACUUGUCUGGAAUGAUCCCAUCGUCAUUGGCGAGCCUUAAUUUCUUAAAAAAAUUUAAUGUCUCAUAUAAUAACCUCGAAGGAUCGAUACCAACGGGCACCCAGCUCCAAAGCUUCGAAGCUUCUGCGUUUGAGGGGAACCCAAAACUUUGUGAUGCCCCACUUCCAAAUAAGUGCGGACCAAAUAAGGACAUGGAUGUAGAUAACAAGAACAAUAAAGACGUGGAAAAUGUGAUUCCAUGGUUUUAUAUCUUUGCAGCGUCGGGAUUCAUAGUUGGAUUUUGGGGAGUUUGUGGUUCUUUAGUUAUUAACAAAACAUGGAGAUAUGCGUAUUUUCGAUUCAUAGACAAUCUACAAGAUAUGCUCCUCCAUGUGAUGAUAAUAGUCCCCCUCAACAGGAUGAAAAGAAGGCUUAGAGGUGGAGCUGAAAGACUAAUUGUUGAUGUGGCUGUUGAACUUGUAUCCCAUGAAGUUCACCAUGACAAAAAUGGAGACCGUUUCUGUGGGGUUUACUUGAGGUUGGAUUGUGUAUGGUACAAAACAUCGAACAAGAGUAACUCUGUUUUUUCUUUUUCUUCAGCCAUAAAAGCUCAUGGCACUUUUCAAGUCGUCUUGGUGUGUGUACUCUGA